AUGGAGGUGCUGGGACAGAGCUGCAAGUCGUGCAUGGACGUGGAGUGCGAGUAUGAGUUGCGAGAGGACGCCCCAGAGAGUGUUGUCGAAGCCCUGCAGCAAUUCCCCCGGGAUCUCAAUGUUCAGACAGCAGCAAUAAGAGCCCUUCUUAGCCUCAGCGGCUGUCUCACUUGCCGCAGCUUCUAUGACAAGAACACGCAAGAUGUUUUGGGUGGGAGUGGUGCUGUCGAGGCAUUGCUGACAGCGAUUUUGAGGCUGCAAGAGACUGCCGCCCAAUCGUGCAGGAGGUCCAUAGCAGAUGCCGUGCAAGCACUGCACUACAUAUGCCUCAUGAACAAGAACAAUGUUGCCCGAUUGUCAUCCAAUCAGGGCCUUAAUAUUAUUAGACUAUGCAUUGAAGAUGCAGGAAAUGAAUUGACGGUGCAAGAACAUGGCUGUAUGCUGCUGGCUGAGCUGGCAUGCCGCCAGGAUGCCUCAGACCAGGAGGUCAUCGACUGUGUUGUCACAGUGUCAAAUGUGGCACGACUCCAGAUGCAGGAAAAAUUCAUCGAGGUGGCCAGGGCUGCAGUUUGGUCACUGACAAGGAUAGCUAGCAGUGCACUGCACCCUCGAAAUCACCAGCAACAAGAGGGCAGCUGGAUGGCAGGUUUGUGGCAAGUAUGGCCGAUCAUGCAAGGUCAAGCGCUGCACAUGAUCCUGGACAUGAUGCAGAGCUGCCAACUCAAGGAUGAUCCGCUUGUAAAACACUGUUUGGACUUCAUUGCUGUUGUUGGGGGUGACGACGGUGGCCUCAGGGGUGCUGGACCCAACCUUGACGGCGUGUCAGCACUUUCUGUAGCCGCGCUGACAGUAUACCAGGUGUUUAUUGCAGCUCAAGACACCAGAAUGCAGGCUGUUGCACUGCGGACACUUUAUGCGUUGCUCAGCAACCCUCAGUGCCUGGCUGUGGACAUGGACUUUUGGGACGCCGCAGAGUGCAUCUUCAAGGCCAUGCGCGGCUCCCGCAAGUUGAGAGACCCCACAACCAAGGAUGUGCUGUGCACACAGGCAUUUGGGUUGGCAGUGAUAGGGAAGCUGCUCGAUUUGGCAGACGAGGGCGACAGCAAGGCCUUGAAGCCCAAGGUUGCAGCUCCACUGGCCAUGUACUCGCAGGACAUCCAUGGUGCGAUCGCCACGAUGGUGAGGUACAUAGCAGAAGGGAAUGAAAUCGUCUCUUUUGAUUUUGCCGAGGAUGACCCUGUUGUGGAGGUCAGCUGCUGCAGAUACGCAUGCCACUGCUGUUUCCUUCAUGAGCCAACCAAGGGCCGCGAUGUGCUGGCAUCAGUGGAAGGCGCUGCUGUGUGCUUGCUUUAUUGUGGCGACGAUGCUCUGAACUCAACAGACAAGGAUGGGUUCACAAUACUGCACAGACUGGCUGAAGCGGGCUUGAGCGAAUGCCUGGCUGUGUACAUCAGAGAGUCUGGCGACGCGCUGGACUUCCUGAAGCGCACAAAGCAUGGAGCAAAUGCGUUGCAGCUCGCCCGGGACAGCAAGGUCCUUGGGUGUGUCUUGGUGCUGGAGAAAGCCACUGAGGCAGCUGCCAAAGCUGCCCAGGACGCCUUGCUGCGGGAGCUGGAGCGAGAGGGGGGAAAAAAGGAAAAGCAGCACCUACAGCAUCAGCCCCAUGUAAAAAAGCCAAGGAAGAAGAAGGGCCUUCCCAUCGCUGCUGGGCAAGGCGAUGUGCAGGAGGAUAAGAAAGAGGAGAAGAAGCAGAAGAUAUCUGUACAGUCCCAAGAGAAGUGUGCUGAAGAAAAGAGGGCAAAAGAAGAGCAGUCAAGGAAAGAAGAGGCAGAGAGCAGGCGACGGCAGGAGGAGGAGUAUGAAAGGGCCCUGGAGGCACGAAGGCGACAGUUAGAAGAGCAGGAAAAGAAAAUGCUCCAGCAGGCCCGGGAAGCAAGUCUGCAGGAGACGAAUGAAGAGACAAUGAAAGAGCAGCAGGCCCCUGCUGCACAGAAAGGACGCAAAUCUCUCAUGAAUGGAAGUACAUCUGCCAAGGAGCCCAAGCUGACACCUCUGCAGGACAGCAAAUCCCAGAAACGGGCCUUUCUAUCCAGGGCAUCAGAACCUGAAACCAAGAAAGUCCAUGGGCCUGCAAAGGCUACAGUCGAUGUGAAUAAACAAGAGGGGUCUGUCGUUGGCAAAUCCAGAGACUUUGGAGGACAGACUGCACCCUCAGUUUCUCCACAGGUACAGAAGAGGUCAUCACAGAACAGACUCGUGAAGACAGAGACUGGUGAUAAACAGUCCAGCACAAGCGCCACUGCUCAUGCGCAACAAGUGUCGAAAGUUCUCCCAACAGGCACUGCAUCCUCACCGCCAGGUGUAAAUCCCAGCAAGGGGCCCCAAAGGAGCAUUGUGGGAGGUGAGGCUCAGGCUAACCACCCCACCUGCACACCACACGAUCCCAAGCAACAACAGGCACGGCAGUCUGUGCAAGGAGCCACUCCCAGUUCAUCUCAAGGUGGCUCUCAGACACAAUCGUUGAUAGCCUUGCAAGGCGCACACACUUGCUCCAAUGCGCAGCCGCCUCAGAGCAGCUGCCUGGAUGUGCUGGCCAGCCAGACCAGCGUUAGUACCAAUGGGGCUAUGGAGGCUUCUCGAGCUCCAGCUUUGGGGACAAGGCAAGCAAGGGAGCCACUCGUGGGUGGAGAAACCACCCCAACCAUGCCUGCCAGCGCCUCCUCUGGCCUUCCCCCUGACCAGCAGUCACAUCCCUGGGGUGCCUUGGGAGGAAACCGGCAGGGUGUUUCGGAAAUCACUCCACCAAGCUUUGCAUUCACACUACCAAGUUUGGGGGCCAAUGAACUAGGGAAGCACCAUCAAGUGGCUGGCAGCUGUGGUGCCCCUCAAAAUGGUGGCAUGGGUGAUCUCGGCAACCACUGGCCAUCGCCGAGUCCAAUGUCCAUGGCGCUUGAAGCAUACCCUCAGGGUACAUCCAUCAGCGAGCCAUUCCCUCCACAGCCCGCACAAUGGCUGAGGUCCCAACAGUCUCAGUGUGUCCCUGAGCAUCAUAUGAGCAACCCAAUCUUGACUCCAGGUGCAACAAGAGAGAGUGCAGCCACAGAGUGGACCCACCUACGCCCUUUGGAAUCUGGGGCUCAGGGCACUGGGGCGUCUCACGGGGCAAGGCUUGGGGCAAAGGGCGCUGCUUCGGGACCUGCACUGGAGGAAGAGGACAUGGUGGACGACAGCCAGAUCAUGUCUUGGCUGUCCAGUGAUAUUGCAGGGCUCAUCCUGACAGAAAAUGGGACGGAGAAGGCAGAGGAUGUGGCCGUGGUCUCUGGGCCUGGGGUGGAUCCAAAUGGGCACACAGACAGGGAGUAUGGACAGCCUGAUCACCACCAGUUCGGGUGCCCUUGGGACUGGUGGACAGCUCCGCCGCCGCCAUCGUCGCCUAUUACAAUAUCCAGCAGUGCCUCCAACAGCCCCUUGAUGAAGUCAUCCGUGAACGGCAAUGCUGGGAUUCAUGGACAUGGCCAUCGGCAGAUAGGCAUUGUAGAUGAUAAUCCAGAGGCUUGGCACAGAAGCCCUUCUCUGGGAGCACCAGGUCCGCCGCUGGUGUACCCCCCAGCUCCAUACAGUAGCAUGUGGGCGCCCCAAGGCGAAGUCCCAGAGCCUCUGCUUGAGCGGGGAGAGCUGAAGGUGCUCAGCAAACACCUCUGGCUUGGAAACUUGAACACUCGGCUGCCGCGGUCCAUCCUCAAGUCGGUGUUCGAAGAGUUUGGUCCUGUUGAGGACGUGGUGACCUUCCCUGGCCGCAUGUAUGCCUUUGUCAAUUUCCACCUGCCUGAGGAUGCGGCAAGGGCUGCAGAAGUUCUGGAUCAGAAGGAGGUGCCCUCCCUGACUGGCAACAAGAAGCUGGUGAUCAAGUUUCGGCCAAACAGGAAGGCCCUGGGCAGGGUGGGGGACAUGCUGUUGGGCAUGGCAGCCGAAGAUGGCAGGCCUGUUGGCGAGGAGGGUGCGGGAGGCGAGGCAGCAUUUGUGCCACCAUACGGAGCGGCCAUGCAACACCAAGGGUCUGCGGGAGCCCUUCCAGAUCCCAGCAGCUCCCACUGUGCUCCAUCCUUCCACUCCUGGGAUGACACAGGGGAGAAUGCCAGUCCACCACAUCACAAGGGAGGCAGCGCCGAAUGGGGGGGCUUCAUGCCCAGCAGCAGAGUGUGGCUUGGCAACAUCAGCUCCACAGCCAAUGCUGCCACCAUUCGCUCAGUGCUCGCAAAAUUUGGGUCCAUCACAGAUGUGGCAACCUUCCCAGCACGUACAGGGCCGCUGAGGUUUGCCUUUGUAACUUUUGAGAGGGUAGCCGACGCAUUGGAGUCAUACAAGAAUCUGAACAAUGUCAUCGUCCCAACAUUGACAGCAACAAAGCAGUUGAAGAUGCGCUUUAAACCUGCCAGGGAGGCCAGUGGCCACUGGCAACAAAAUGGCGGGACCCCUGAUGAUCUAGAGGAGUUCGAUUUUGAUGGGGAAGAGCCAUUCUACCCAGAAGAUGAAGAAGGCAACAUUCCUGAAGGGAGGCCUUCCAGGCACCUGUGGCUUGGCAAUGUCUGCCUCAGGCCGAGCAAGACAGUGCUCUUCAGCCUGUACAGCCGCUAUGGCCCAGUGGAGAGCGUUCGAACGUUCCCUGGCAAGACUUUUGCCUUUGUCAACUUUCAGCAGACGCAGCAUGCAGCUAGGGCAAAGGAGGCACUUGAUGGGGAGGUGGUCACAGCCAUAUCUGGGUCGAAACCUCUUGUUGUCCGGUUUCAAAAGGAGGGGUCAGGGCCUCCAAUGUGGUUCAAGGUUGACGGGCGGCUUGGUACAAGGAGGGGAUAUCGACUGGAACCAUCCCCAGGCCCGGAAGGUGCGCCAUCAGAUAUGCCAUCGCCGAGCCCAAAUGCGGCGAAGAGCUGGCAGAUGGAGCAGUAUGCAGGAGAGAAUGGCUGUGAAGAGGGUGUUCCCCAAGCUGUGGACGAGAUGCCACAGUUAAACCUCUCCAAUAGGCUGAACCCCAACAACAUCCACUUUGACAGCAACCUUGCCAACAGAUACAACCGGAUGAGCAAACACGAGAAAGAGGCAUUGUGGGCUGAGGAUCGCGCCCAGCACCGGUUAAGCGAGACAUUGGUUAAUGGGAGUCGCAGGUACAUGGGCGGCCAACAGGAUGGCAGCAGCAGGAGCAGCGCAUUGGAAGCAUCCUCCAUCGGCGACCUCACAAGGACACUCUCUGCCGCAGCCCUGGGCAACAGCCGUGUGGAGCCAGGCAUGGAUCGAGCCACAAGUUGGGGGGAUAAUAUGAUGGCCAGCCACUACAGGGGCUCUCGCCGCCCCGGGAUGUAUGGAGGAGGACCGGGGAUGUACGGCGAGGACUAUGGCCAAUACUCCUUCCCCAUGGACCUGCAAGCCCGCCAGUUUGCCCCAAAUGGUGCCCAGUAUAGACACAUGCCGCAAGGUGCCGGACUACACCACCAGGCCAACAGAACCCAUUCAGGAGGCAACGCCAGCGUUGCACAAUAUGGUAUGGCGAUGCCGGGAUUUGAUACCCCCAAUCCCAGCUUUGCUCCAAGAGCCACGAGUGGCGCCCCCUUCUCAGCUGCUUCUGAUCGAACCUUGCAACCCCAAGGCUACUACACAGGGGGUGAGAAUGGGCUAGGAUCGCAGCCCAGGGGCCUUGUUCCAGCCCAGAGGAAGGGCCAUGCUCGGACUCCCAGCGAGAUCUACGGAUCCCUGCCGACGACGCUUAUGCCUGAGCUGGAGGGGCCGAUGGAAGGGGCUGCUGCCAGCGAGGGUGGGGGGGGCAUGGGCGGCUGGGGCCCUGCGGGAAAUGGUGCACCAGUGUCCUCACCGUUUGGAGCGGCAGCUGUGCAAGGGGAGUAG